AUCUGUCAGCUGACUUCACUCGCCAUAUUUUGAGGGUCUGAGCAUGGAGCAUUUCAGGGCAAGCAAACACUUGGUUUGAAGUAUCUUUCACUGUACAUUGCCUUCGGUUCUUGUUGUAGCAGUCUACUGAUGCCUACCUGUCACGGCAUUCCAGGAUAAUUAGCCUACAUUUUUCACCUACUGGCGCUUUGCCAAUAACAGCUGCUCACGGUCAUAGCGCGAUAGGUACACGACCUAAUCCAGCAAGCAAACGGUUUGUCACAUGACUGUGCUCACCAUGAGUUUAUUUCCGCGUUCAUUCGGUACAGAAUGAUUUGAUAGAGAGGUGCAUACCUGAACCGUUGCGGUCCGCAAAACGCGCCGCCGAGCCAAGGCGAUAUUCUGAAAGGGGACCCAGCAUUAGCAUUGCUUGGACACACGCUGCAGCAAGAACAUGCUCACCCGGGUGAAAUCAGCUGUGGCCAAUUUUAUGGGCGGUAUGAUGGCUGGCAGUUCGAACAGUGAACCUCUCGGUGGCUCGGAUUUACCGCUGAAAUACCCGUACACAAGACCGGAGUUUCUGGGACUGUCACCGGAUGAAAUCGAGUGCUCGGCGGAUCAUAUUGCUCGGCCGAUACUCAUUCUGAAAGAGACGAAGAGGCUGCCGUGGGCCACUGGUUAUGCAGAGGUGAUCAACGCGGGGAAGAGCCAUCUGAACGAAGACCAGGCGUGCUGUGAGGUGGUGGUGGUGAGGAGUAGACCCAGUGCCGGGGGCAACUCCACCUCCAACAGGCCCCCUACCACCCGGAGGAGGUCCUCUCUGCCCAAUGGAGAGGGGCUGGCGCUCAGGGAAAACACUGACGUGGAGCCCGGACUGACCUUCCACUACUGGGGUCUGUUUGACGGCCACGCGGGCUCAGGGGCAGCGGUGGUGGCAUCUAAGCUGCUCCAACACCACAUCAUAGAACACCUCCAGGAGGUCCUGGAUGUCCUGAGGAACCCGGCCCAGCUGGCCCCCAUCAUCCAGGGGGAAGAGCCCACCAACUACCACCUCACCCCCACCACCCACCGGGGCAUCACCAGGGCCGCCUCCCUGCGGGGGGCUGCAGGGGCCCCCGGCUCCCCCAGCCACCCCCCGCCCCCCACCAGGUUCUUCACGGAGAAGAAGAUCCAUCACGAGAGCAUGGUGAUGGGAGCCAUUGAGAACGCCUUUAAAGAGAUGGAUGCCCAGAUUGAGAGAGACAAGGCUGUGUUUAACAUCUCAGGAGGCUGUACUGCUCUGUGUGCACUCUUUUUAUUGGGAAAGCUCUAUGUUGGAAAUGCCGGGGACAGCAGAGCGAUCAUUAUCCAAGGUGGAGAGGUAAUCCCCAUGUCUACAGAGUUCACACCAGAGUCAGAGAGGCAGCGCCUGCAGUUCCUGGCCUACAUGCAGCCGCACCUGUUAGGAGGCGAGUUUACACAUCUGGAGUUCCCGAGACGUGUACAGAGGAAGGAGGUGGGGAAGAGGAUGCUUUACCGGGACUUCACUAUGUCUGGCUGGGCAUAUAAAACCAUUGAGGACGACGACCUGAAGUUUCCCCUAAUCUACGGCGAAGGGAAGAAGGCCCGUGUGUUGGCUACCAUCGGGGUCACCAGGGGCCUGGGAGACCACGAGCUCAAAGUGCAUGACUCCAACAUCUACAUCAAGCCCUUCCUGUCCUGCUGUCCCGAGGUCAAAGUGUACCCUCUGACGCAGUAUGAACAUGGGGUGGAUGACGUCCUGGUGAUGGGGACAGAUGGGCUGUGGGACGUCCUAUCCAACCAGGACGUUGCCGAGGCAGUCACUGGUUUUCUUGCCAACUGUGGCCCUGAUGACCAGUAUAGGUACACGAUGGCAGCUCAGGACUUGGUGAUGAGGGCACGGGGGGUCCUGAAGGACCGAGGCUGGAGGAUAGCCAACGAACGUCUGGGCUCCGGAGACGACAUCUCUGUCUACAUCAUCCCUCUGAGGUACGGCAACCUGCAGACCUAGCCGUAGCCCAGGCCCAGCUCACCACCACCCACCAUGGGACUCUAGACAGGUUCUGUGUCCAAAAUGACACCCUAUUCCCUAUAUAGUGCACUACUUUAGGCCAAGGCCAUGACAAGUAUUGCAUUAUGUAGGGAAUAGGGUGCAAUUGUAGGCUUCUCCCAACCGGCAGACCUAGCUACGGUCCAGCUCACCACCCACCAUGGGACUCUAGACAGGCUGCCCCCCUCUACCAUCUAUCCUAUCCCCUCUGUCCUAAAAUCAAUGCCCUGGUGCUCACACAGUGCUUCAUCCCGAACGGUUUUCCUGAGGAAACAAAAUGGCUGCUGGUUGCUGUACAGUACAGGGUAGCAUGAUUGUUCUUGUCUCUUGUGAAAGGAAGGAAAAUCUCAGGAUGUUCCAAUAUACAGUACCUUCAGUUUCUUCUUGUGUUUCUGUGCUGCCAGGGAACAAAGGACAAUUCUGGAUUUAAAGGCCCACCGGGGCCAUGUAUUUUGUGUAAUUCAUAACCAACCC